AUGAAGAAUCCCUUCAAAGUGUCCAGCUCAGGACCAGACACAAUCUCACCUGAGCGCACGGAAUCCAGUGAAAAGUCCGCCGCUGGGACCGAUGUCGCCGCCGCAAAAGCAGACCUGAAGCGAUUCAAGGAGGCACACCAACUAGAUCCCAAUCUUCCCCAAAAGGAAAUCGAUGCCAUUAACCAUGCGAUAAAACAUGGUGACGCCGAAGAACUUGUCCACGCUGACCACCUUCUCAGCGAGGAUUCUCCCUACGAGGAGGUUCGUGCUGCGGUGAGAAACACUGACAAUGACGAAGUGGCGAAUACGGUGAGAGCAUGGGUUCUGGGGAUGAUUUUUGUGACGGUGGGAAGUGGUCUGAACAUGUUUCUGAGUAUGAGGAGCCCUGCCAUCAACUUUCCAGCCAUCGUCGUCCAGCUUCUCGUCUAUCCGCUCGGCUGCCUAUGGGCCAAAGUCGUACCAACAAGAGUAUUCAACACGUUUGGACUGCGAUGGACCUUCAACACCGGCCCAUUCACCAUCAAAGAACACGUCGUCAUCACUCUCAUGUCCAACGUCUCUCUCGGCUAUGCCUACAGCACAGACGCCCUGUUGGCACUGCAAGGAAAGCCCUUCUACAACCUAAACCUCGGCUGGGGCUUUUCCAUACUUUUCACGCUGAGUUCCCAGCUCAUUGGUAUUUCUCUCGCUGGGCUCUUUCGCCGGUUCCUCGUCUGGCCUGCGGCUAUGAUGUGGCCCAACCAAUUUGCCAGCACGUCCCUUUUCUACGCUCUACAUGACAAGAGCAAGAGUGAUGGCGUCCACUCCAACGGCUGGCUGAUUAGUCGGUACCGCUGGUUUGCCAUUGUUGCCAUGUCCAUGUUCUGCUACUACUGGAUCCCUGGCGUGCUGUGGCAGGGCCUGUCUGUGUUUGCAUUCGCGACCUGGAUCCGGCCUAAGAAUGUGGUUGUGAAUCAGCUCUUUGGAGGAACCACUGGACUUUCGCUCAUCCCUCUCACCUUUGAUUGGACUUAUGUGACGGCGUAUCUCGGCGAUCCCCUGCUCGCCCCUACACACUCCCAUGUGAAUACUCUUGUUGGUUUAUUCAUCUUCGUGCUCCUUCCAACUAUUGGGAUGGCCUACACGGGCACCCUGUUCGCCGACUAUCUCCCCAUGGUGACUGCACAAACCUACGACAACACCCAAAACAACUACAACGUCAGCAAGAUUCUCGGCGACGGAUUCAAGUUCAGCGAGCAAAAGUACAAGGAAUAUUCGCCCUUGUUCCUAGCGCCAACAUUCGCUCUCAACUACGGCCUUUCGUUUGCUGCGCUCACAGCGGCCAUCGUUCACAUCGGCUUAUACCACGGCAAGGAAGUGUGGCAUCGUUUCCGCGCAGCUCGCAACCAAGAACCGGAUAUCCAUCUUAAGAUGAUGCAAAAGUACGUCGAAGCACCGGACUGGUGGUACGGCGCCCUCUUCCUCGUCGCCAUUGCGUUUGGCCUCGUCACGGCAGAAGCAUACGACUCCCAACUUCCAUGGUGGGCAUUCUUCGUGUCUGUCAUCGUUGCUCUCAUCUUCAUCAUCCCGACGACCAUGAUCCUCGCCGUGUCAAAUAUCCUGCUCAGUCUCAACGUUAUUUCGCCCUUCCUAGCUGGAUUCAUGAUCCCCGGACGACCCAUUGGCGUCAUGCUCUUCAAGGUGUUCAGCACAAUCACCCUUGGACAGGCGCAGACAUACAGCGGCGACUUAAAACUCGCGCAUUAUAUGAAGAUUCCCCCCAAGAUCACAUUCUGGUGCCAAGUCGUCCCCACCAUCUGGGCCGUCUUUGUCCAGAUUUCCGUCAUGAACUGGACCCUCGGAAACAUCCCCGACGUGUGCAGCAACCUCCAAAAGAACCACUUUACGUGUCCCAACGGCCGGGCCUUCUUCUCUUCCAGCAUCGUAUGGGGCGUCAUCGGACCGCGACGCAUGUUUGGCGUGGGAAGCAUGUACGCCCGCUUCAACUGGUUCUGGCUCGUUGGCGCCGCGUUCCCCGUGCUGUUGUACGUGCUCACCAAGACGCUCAAUAUCAGGUUCUUUAGACACUUUCAGGCGCCCAUCAUGCUCGGCGCCAUGGCAUGGUUGCCGCCCGCUACGCCCCUGAGUUUCUCGUCUUGGGGAAUCGUCGGCCUCGUUUUUAAUAAGUGGAUUCGGAACAGGUGGAAUGGCUGGUGGACGACGUACAACUACACCACGGCUGCGGCCCUGGAUGCCGGUCUUAUCCUGAGCACCAUCAUCAUCUUCUUUGCUAUUACUUUUCCUAACGUGACGGUGCCUCAGUGGUGGGGGAAUGUAGCUGUUUUUGAAACGCUGGACGCGACGUAUGCUGCUAUUUUGAAGACGGUGCCUGAAAAUGGCACAUUUGGACCGGCGACGUGGUGA